AUGGCUUUCCACCUGAAUUUAUUCAGCAAUUACAUUAUUAGACCCAAGGUGCAGCAACACAAAGAAAAUAAAUUGGAAGUUGCUCCUAUCAGAACAGCUGUGUUGGACUAUGUCAUGGAUGCCAAGAAACCAUCUGCCAGUAUUACCAGGAAAAGAAGUAAAAAAGCCUGCAGGUCUUCCAGCCAAAAGAUGGAGCGGUCCCCUCACUGCCCUGUUCCUGCUACGGCUUUGGAUAACAGCAUGAAAAAGAAAAGUAAUUUUGAAUGUAGUGAGGCCUCUGCUUCUUUUAGGGAUACAAAGGGGUCCCCAUCUUAUAAAAGCUCUUGCCAGUCAGAGGCAAAUUGUUUGAAGCACAAAGCCAGGAAUAAGGCAGAAGGAGCGAGCCAUAUGGCAUAUGAAAAAGAUGAACCAGAUUUGCAGAACAGAGAUUUCAAAAGCCCGUCUUCUGUGGAUGAAACCGUUGUUCGAUAUUUGAAUGACCGACCAGCAAUUGAUGCCUUGCAGAACUCAGAUCCUUUCUUGAAAGGUGUAACACCUACAAGCUCAAAGGAGGAAAAGACUGAGGGAUCCAGAGAUGAGUAUGCUAAAAUGUCUCUAAGUAUCACAAUCCCAGAUGCUGAACUGAAAGACCCACAGUUGGCCGAAUCUUCAGCUUCCUCUUCCAGUACCUCCAGUACCCACAGGCUAGCUAUCUUAAAGCAUCGACAGCAUGAUGCUAAAAUGGAAAAACUGAAGGGACGGAUUAGGAAACAGUGGCGGUUUCAGGAAGACCUGAAUAGCAGAGAACAGUUUCAGGACUAUGUUGAUCAUCCCGUGAUCGUCGCAGCUACAGAGAAUACAGUAACACCUAAACUCAGAAAAGUGACAGCUACAUCUCCUUCUCCUGCAUAUAAAGAUUUCAGUCCAUCAGAAGCCAAGAUUUAUACUCCUGAUGAAAAGGUACGGCAUGAAGAAGAAUUCCUCAGUCUCAGUAGAGAGCUCUGCAGAGACUUGGAACGCCAGUUAGAAGAAGAGGAUUCUGUUUUCAAAGACAAGCCUGCUGAAAGAAGAAAGAAGAAAAAGUCAACAGGAAGAGUGCGCAAAGUCCAGAAAGUAACAGAGCUGCCAGGCCAUUAUUCCAAGCCAGGAAGGUUCAGUAUAAUAAGUACAUCAUCCUGGCGUGAUGGAAAAAGAUUGGCAAUGAAGAUACUUGGUCCAGCACCUAAAGUAAAGAAGCAGACAUCACCUUCCAUUGAUGGAAGUUGUAGUGAUAGGUCUAUUAAAUCUGCAUUUUAUAUGGGAAAGACAGAAUCUGAUUCCAUGCAGGAUGUAGCCAUAAAAUCCCGCUCAAGAAAUCCUAAACGGUCCUGGAGUAAAAUGAGAAGGAAGAAUAGCUUGAGGAGGAGAGAUGCUGCUGUUCAAGAUAAUGAACAGAGUGACCACCACAUAAAUAAGGAUGUCUUGUCAGGGGGUAUCCAAGAUAUUCCUGGUGACCUACAAGUGGAUUCUGUGACUCAUACAAAGCAAGAGACAGAUGGAGAAAAUCAGAAUUCAGAAGUGCCUGCUGCAUUUACAAGGAGCCACAGUCCGACUAAGAAAAAAAUGGACCAACUAGCCGCUAACAAAGAGCCUCAAGUGACUUAUAAGAAAUGCCACUAUGAUACAGAUGAAGUUCGCCAGUAUCUUUUUAAACAGCGACAGGAGAGGAGUAAGAAGCAGAGUGAACAGAAGAAAGCACAGAAGGAGGCAACAUUAGAGAGAGAAAAGAGACUCCAGGAACCGUACAAGAAACAGAGGGAGGCUCUCGCUAAUAAGCCAAAGAGUGCAUCAGCUCCUGAGCUAGUCCCCAAGCAAUUACAAGAGACUUCCUCCAAAUUGUUCCUCGAUCAAGCCUUGCUGGAGGAGCCACAGCCACCACUCAUACAGGAUGUACAGCCCAACCCUGGAUAUCACCCAUUUGAAGAUUCUAACAAAGAAGACAAGGUACAAGGGCAUCCAGCUAGUACAUCCUCCAAUAGUGACAUGUCUCUGUCUGAACCUCAUCAUUCUCUUGUUAGGGAUGAUUGGUUAGAGCCUUUGGGGAUUCAGCCAGAUAACCUGGGGAUUCAGCUUCCUUUCCCACAUUCUUCUACUGUCUUCACUGGAGGUCUCUUUUCACAACGUUUGUCCUUGGAUCACGGUGUCUUAAAAAAGGACUUUGACUGUUUAUUAUCAACCAGAAGCCACAGCACGGCUAUAGGAUUCUUGCCGUUGUCAUCUCCACCAGUUACAUCUACUCUACAGCCCACAGGUACUCUGGACCGUAUUGAAGCCCUGAAAGCAAAAGCAGCUUCUUUGUCUAGCAGAAUUGAAAGUGAAGCCAAAAGGUUAGCUGGAAUUGGCAUGGAUUAUGGAGCAGUGUGUAGCCCUGGACACAACUCUGUGCAAGGAAAUCAGGGUGAUGGCUACUGGGUGAAGGCCAGCAGUCCCCUUGUGAGAGAAGAGAAUGAUGCUUUCUCGGCCACAUUUCAGAAUAUGUCGAGUAUUUGUGCGUCUCAGACAAUUUUUGACAAUCAUCUCCCUGAACUGGAAAAUCCUGGAAUGGGAAAGACCAUCAGCCCUCAUGCUGCUGCCGCUGUCAGUCUUCCAUGCAAGCAGACAUUUGAAGGAAUAGCAGCAAACCUUUCGAAGAAGCAAAACUCUCCUAAUGCUGAGAGUAUUGUAAUUCUCCAUGAGCAGUGGCUCGGUGAUCAUCUCCUGUCUGAGGAGGACGGAGAGCAGGAUGAUCAUUCACCUUUGAAGAUAACCGAAACAUUAAAGGAAAAAGAGUUCUGUGGUGCAGGUAAAACUGGCGAUGAGCCCACAGAACAAUUUCAGAAGGAGGCAGAAAAUUAUUUACCCAUUUCUGCACAAAUGAGGAGUGCUUCAGGUCCCUGGGAAGAAAUAACCAAAGGAAGUCCACAUAGUGUCAUCACCAUCUUUAGAAAAUCUAACCAGCUAUGUGGGCAAGGAUUUGAGGAACGGUCAAGGCAAGGAUCACCACUCCAGCAACCUUCACUUCCAGUAAUGAGCCCUCCAGCUAGUAUUGUUUCAUAUGAGGAUGACUUCAUCUCAUCACAGGGUAGUGGAAUGGGGACAGAUAAAAAGACAGCUGUUGAGCCCAGUAGUAUCCCAAAUCUGAAAGAAGAGUUGAUCAACAGGAAAUUACCUUAUGAACUACAAGUUAAAGAGUUUACCCACCAUUCCUCAGGAACGCCAUCUUCCAGUUCUUGCUCAUCUUCAUAUCCUAAAAGAAUAGGGGAAAAGGAAAGACUAAAAUCUUUUACUGGGGUCUCGCAUUUCUCUUUGUGGGAAGAAAACAGAAUGUUUACAGAGUCAGACCAUGCACUAUUAGAGACAAAGACUUCAGUGCCUAGCAAUGGAGUAUCCAGUAGAGAACAAAUACAGAAUCCAGACUCUGACAACACUUUAGAAGAACUAUUUGGUCAUAAUUUGAUGAGUCUCCCAGAUAAGAUAAGGUCACCAAGGACUGCAAGCUGUCCUCAGUCUCCAAGGGCACAGAAAGAACUGGAACCUGUAGCAGAACAAUCCAGGUCCUCUUCAAGAUCUCAAGCAACUAUAUUUCCUGGACCCAAGCCAAAUCUUGCUUUCCCUGAUAUGAACCUUGGAGCCAAAAGGACUGGGACAGGCGUUGUAAGUGAUUCCAUGCAUUUCUCCCUUGCUGGCCUCCAGCAUCAAAUAUUAGCAGAACUCCACUACUUAAGUACCAUUGAGGAGUCUCUGCAGCAGCUUUCGGAUGUGAAACAAGCACCCGGCAUAUCACUUGUACAACAAGAAAGUGUUUCACUUGCUCAAAUACUAACGGACCAGCGAAAGAAACAUGAGGGGGUCUUGGCUCUUCUGAAGCUCAAAGCCGACGAAGUGGCUUUGAAAGAGGCACAGCAGAAAGCAGCUCAACCCCCUGCAGAAUCACUACAGCAGCUGGUGCAGUGCCAAGAAGAUGCAGCAGGGGCUCUCCAGGAGACCACUACGUGUAAAAUAGCAGCUCAGCAGAUGGAGGCAGCUCUUCUCACCACAGCUGCUGCUUGGCAGAUCCGCAAGCUGACAGAGAUAGCAUGUGCCCAGAACCCAGACGCAGUCACUAUUCCUGCAAAUCCAGUCCCAUUGCCAUUGGACCAAAAGCAGAAGCGUCGUUCAACAGUCAUAAAGAAAGUAAAAGCUCGUUCUGAUAUAAGCAGGAAAACAGAAUCUGUUACCCCUUCGCAAAAUAAAGAGACAGGUGACUCAAAGCAGACUUACUCUCCUUCAUUUGAUAGUUGUUCAGAAUCAUCAAGAUCAAAGGCACAUGAUGAGAGCAGCAGCGGCAGCAGCAGUCACCAGGAAAGUCCAUCUGUUCCAUUUCCCAAGGAGACCAAAGAAGUUUCCCAUCAUGAAAAAUCAAACAGUUCUAUUGAGAAAGAAGGUCUGACAGCUGUGAACAAUUCCCUGCAGACUAAUAGCAUUCCAUCCAUCCCAGACGAGAGAGAUUCAACUUCUGUUGCAACAGAAUAUUCCCUGAAAUUUGAUUCCAUGACAGAAGAUGAGAUGGAAGAGAAGUCCUUCCGGUCGUUGCUACCCUCUGAGAGUCACCGACGGAUCAGCUUGAAGAAACACAGUCACCAUGGCUAUCCUGAUCAGGAAGCGUCUUCUAGAAAGAUGCCCUUAUCUCAGGCGAAAGAGCUGAGCCUGCCAUUCUCAGGAGGUCAAAACAGUUUUUCCAAAUUCACAAUGGAAAUGGUGCGGCAAUACAUGAAAGAAGAAGAAAUGCGGGCAGCUCAUCAGUCCUCGCUUCUCCAGUUGCGCAAGAAAGCACUGAAAGAGAAGACCAAGGCUGAGUUAGCCUGGCUAGAGCUCCAAGAAAAGCACUUGAGAGACAAAGGAGAGGAUGACAAGAUGCCACCUAUCUGGAAGAGGCAGCGUGGCCUGAUUCUGAAGCUCCAGCAGGAAAAGGCAGAAAUUAAGUGUCUUCAGGAGGCUAAUAAGGCUGCCCAGAAAGAGAGACAACUGAUCCUCAAGCAGCAGGAAGAGAUACAGCGAAUAUGCCAAACUACUACUAAACUGCAAGAAAAACUGAAAUCUGCAGUGGAAAAUAAGCUGGAGCCCUGCAGUGAAGGUGAUGCAAAACGAACUCAUUCUCCCAGCCCACUGCCAGUGGAUGCAGAGACCUGCAGCCCUUCUUCUGCCUCUAGCAGUGAGACCCAUAGUAUCAUGCAGAAAUUAAAGAAAAUGCACAGCCGGGUGGACAAGAAAUUCUUAACAAAACGAGAGCAAAAACUGAUGCAACGGCGCCAGCAUGCUGAAGAACUGCUGCAGUGGAAAUGCCGUCUAGAUACAGAAGAAGCAGAGAUAUGUCAAAUAGAGAGACAUGCCUUGGCUGCUUGGGACAAAAAACUGCUGGAAACAAAAGCAAACAAAAUGGCAGCAGGGGACCAGCAUGAUCAGAAAGAAACAGCCAAUGAAGAAGAUUCUUCAGCGCCGCCUUGUUCUCGCUUCAACAACGGAAGCUCUGUCCCAGAAGAACUGGGGAAUCUAGCUGUUGAGUCUGGCCCACCAAAGGUCUCUGAGGUCCAAGGGCAGUUGGGAAGUCCAGAUCAUACUGCGCUUAUGGAAGGAAUGGUUUAUGUGCAGGAAAUUGAAUCUUCUGCCUCCCCUGGAAAACUUUCUCCUUCUAAAAGCAGAACAUCCUUGUCAAAACAAGGGUCCAGCAAACAGACCCACAGAGCUAGAGGGCAGCAGCAUUUACCAGUAAAAUCCCAGGAGGUAUCCUGUAGUUGGUCUGAUGAGUCAUUAUCCAUAACCCAGUCAGUCAAUCUUCUCUUAUCAGAAACCUCCUCAGAUCAGAGUGACAUUGAAAGCCGAAUCCAGGCACUAAAGAAUGAGUUACGGAAUAGAAAGUCUGUGGUCUACCAGCUGAUAAAGGAGCAAAAGAAGAGGCACAAGGCGAGGCUGAAAGCCCAGGAGGCUAGCCUGGUCAAACAGUUAGAGACUUAUGAUGAAUUCAUCAAGAAGACUGAAGCAGAGUUGAGUCACAAUCUGGAGGCAGCACCUACAGCUAAACUGCAAAUUAAAACUCCAUCUUUUGUUACAGAGGAACCAAAGAUCAAGCCACCUCCACUCCAUAGACCUGAGAGGACAAGACGUUGGAAAUCACUAACUGAUUCUGUACACUGUAAGGGGUCUCCGGAGUCCUUAACAGAGCAUAUUGAUGCUGUAUCACUUUCUGAGAGAUCUGACUCUUCACACCCAAAGAAAUUCAUUGAGGCAGAGAUUCAGACCGAGGAGCAUUUCCGAGCUCUAUCCCCAGUCCUCGCCCCACAAAAAGCCGGAGCAGAAUCUGGUGAUUCGCUGGAUGGUUUCCCCUCCUUGGCUGUCCUCAAAGAUUUAGGAGACUUGUACAAAAUGUCCCAUGUGUCACAGAGCACUUUUGAAGAUGCGACAAGUCAUGAUCUUCACAUUUCCACUGACAGAUCUGUAGUACAAGAGGAGGUGGAGCCUGUAAAAUCAGGAGACUCUGAGCCAGAUGGCACCCACAAGUUUUCUGGAAGACCCGAUGCUUCUGGUUUGGACACUGAGCAAAAGAAUGGCCUGACCGUCUUGUUAAAGAUGAGCACUGAUCCUGAGAUGGGCUUGGCUGUCGUGUGUGUUCAGGAUGGAAAGGAGAUACCAAAGUGGGAGGAAAGCUACAGGGAUGAGAAAUGUGCUGCAUCAGGCCAGUCCUCUCAGAAGCUGGAUGAGACCUUGCUUUCAGAACAGCUGGCUGCUUGCACAGAGACACGGGAUCCUAAUGGUUUUGAGAGAUCUUCAUCAAGAAAACGUAGUUCAGACGAUGGGGCACCCAAUACUGAGUGUUACAAGGAUGAUUUUGACACCUCUGUGUCCUCUCUUGGAAAAGACUCUAGGUCACAUGGAGAGAAACCGUGGCAUACAAAAACCCCUAGGAGCAGGUCUGCAAGUAUUGGAAGUGACAAGGAAGUGAGUGACUGUCUCUGCGACAACGUUCUGUCUGUGGCUUCCAGCGUUCCUUCAGAAAGACUGUUAAUCCUGAACUCGCCAAGAGAACUGAUGGAGAGUAAAGAGCGCAGUGAUGUGGAGGGAGAAUCAACUCAUCUUGAUUCAUCACUUUGGGCUUCCUCUUGCAAGGCAGAAGAAGAGGAAAGUCCCCUACAAGAUUUCAGCAUCGGGGACAGAGUCCUUGUCGGUAACGUCCAGCCUGGGACACUGAGAUUUAAGGGCCUGACCGAUUUUGCUGAAGGCUUUUGGGCUGGCGUGGAAUUAGACAAGCCUGAAGGAAAGAAUAAUGGCACCUACGGUGGCAUUAAAUAUUUUGAUUGUAGAGGAAAACAUGGGAUUUUCGCUCCUCCGCGAAAAAUCUCACGGAUUUCGGAGCAUUUGGGUGGCCUCGUGGACACAAAGGAGCACUCUUUCUGCCCGAUUCAGCUUCGGAGCAUUUGGGUGGCCUCGUGGACACGCAGGGGGAAAUUGAUGCCUGUCAACAACAAAAAAGUUGGCUCUACUAUGGGGACGUUCCUCCUUUUGACUGCAUCUGAUUCUGCUGCAGCAGAAAGCCCUGUAUUUGGUGCCAGUGGGCAGGAAGAGCUUGCCAAGAGUCUGGCAGGGUUGGAGCGUAGCCAGGAGUUCCUGAGUGUGUUAGGAGAUGACCGAGACUGGUUUGAUGAGGACUUUGGCUUGAGUACUCAUGAACUCCCUCUGAAGCAAGCUGAAGAAUCCGCAGUGUUGCCAAAGAUAGAGCCUCCCAAAGUGUCCUCCAGGCUAUGUGAACCACCCUUAGGUGUCCCAUACACUGCAAAGGAGGUGGAGGUCUUGGUGCAUGAAGCAGCUGAGGAACUAUGGAAGUGCAAAGAGCUGGGGCGUGACCUUCAGGCUGCUGGUUUUCCAAGGGAUCUAAGUGAUUCCCCCAAAGAUGAUAUCAAAGCCAUCAGCAAACAAAUCUAUAAACAGGCUGUGUUUGACUUAACAAGAGAGACUUUUGGAGAAAUCUUCGCAGAAGAUCCAAAUUUGAGCCAGCCUGUAUGGACGAACCCCUGCAGGAUCACUUCUACAUACUUCCAUCGAGUAAAAGAUCCAAGCAACCCUGAGGAAGUCAAGAGCUUCAUAGCAACGGAGGUGCUAAAGCUGUUAAAUUGGAAAAAGGAGCCAAGCAACAGAGUGGGCUGGCAGAAAAUGAUCAAAUGUGGACAUAAAAAAUAUUAUAGAGUCAAUCAAGUGCUGUUGCAGGAACUGCAUGAAGAGGAAGUUCAGUGGAUGAAUUAUGAGGAGGAGGCGCUAUAUGUAAAGAUGCACCUGGCAGAUGGGAUUUUUGAGGCCUUAAUCAGAGAGACAAUUGAUGUCCUUAACCAGAUCAAAGGAAAACAGGACAGAUUACUGCCCAUGUGA